AUGGAGACUUGGGCUGGCUUCUGCCCAGGCUUGCACUUAUCUCUGGGUAUCUGGGUGAUGAUAGCCGCUCAUACCCUACAAAAUGUCAAGGCGGAGAUAACUUGCGCAUCUUGCCCGUCGCCAGUUCAACUUCACCUGGAGGAAUUACAGCUGGGUAUGCGCACUGACCCGACAGAGGAGCCGAGUCCCCUAAAAAACAUCCGAGUAGAGUUUAGGGAACUCGGGUUUGCAAACCAAAAUAUUGGAGUGGACGACCACCAUGAGACAGGCCCCGAAUUGGGUGAGGAUGCUGCGCUCCGGAGAGCGAGGAGAAGCGGUCCUGAGUUUGCCGAGUUCAGCGAGAGCGGCCGGUCUGGCGUUAAUGCAGCCACUUCGGAGGAUCGGGGCUCGUUAUUAGAGGGACACAAGCAGGGCAGGUCCGAGUAUAGAUGGAACAGGGAUGAAGGGAGAGGGAAUAACCGGCAGGAUGAGCCAAAGCUCACCAGCAGCACUUUCUCUCUGACGGGGGACUCUGCGCAUAACCACGCGGUGGUCUACUGGUCAGGGCAAAACAGCAGCGUGAUCCUGAUUCUAACCAAGCUGUACGACUUUCAUAUUGGCAGUGUCACUGAGAGCACUCUUUGGAGAUCUACCGACUAUGGCUCCACAUACGAGAGAAUGAAUGACAAAGUCGGAUCUAAAACCGUUUUGAGUUAUCUCUACGUCUGCCCAACUAAUAAGAGAAAGAUUAUGGUGUUGACUGAUCCGGAGUUUGAGAGCAGUGUGCUCAUCAGCUCUGAUGAGGGAGCCAGUUACCAGAAGUACCGCCUCACUUUCUACAUCCUGAGCCUUUUAUUCCACCCAACGGAAGAGGACUGGGCCUUAGCCUAUAGUCAUGACCAGAAGCUGUACAGCUCGAUGGACUUUGGCAGAAAAUGGCAGCUCAUCCACGAACGCGUCACACCUAACAGAUUCUACUGGUGUGUCUCAGGCCUCGACAAGGAGCCAGAUCUGGUCCACAUGGAGGCUCACACACCAGAUGGAAGCGUGCAGUAUGUCACAUGCAGAGCUCAGAUGUGCACAGAAGGUAACAGGAACUACCCAUUCCCUGGAUACAUCGACAUCAGCUCUUUAGUGGUUCAAGAUGACUACAUAUUCAUACAGGUUCCUACAUCUGGACGAGCCACUUAUUACGUGUCCUACAAGAGAGAAUCAUUCAUCCAAAUCAAACUGCCUAAAUAUUCCCUGCCAAAGGAUUUACACAUUGUCAGCACUGAUGAGAAGCAGGUAUUUGCGGCGGUGCAGGAGUGGAACCAGAACGACACCUACAACCUCUACCUGUCUGACACCAGAGGAAUCUACUUCACCUUGGCCAUGGAAAAUGUCAAGACCACGAGGGGAAUCGGGGGGAACCAGAUGCUGGACCUGUACGAGGUGGCCGGAAUUAAAGGCAUGUUGAUCGCCAACAAGAGGCAAGACAGCCAGGUGAAGACCUUCAUCACCUACAAUAAAGGCCGGGAAUGGAGGCUCCUACAGGCCCCUGCUGCUGACCUGGAUGGAAACGACAUCCACUGCAUACUGCCUUUCUGUUCACUCCAUCUCCAACUGCAAACGUCAGAGAACCCGUACUUGUCAGGAACAAUCUCUACCAAGAGCUCUGCACCGGGGGUCAUAGUUGCCACAGGAAAUAUUGGAGCGGAGCUGUCUUACAACAAUGUUGGCAUGUUCAUAUCGUCUGAUGCUGGCAAUAGCUGGAGACAGAUUUUCGAAGAGGAGCACAAUGUGUGGUUUCUGGAUAAAGGAGGAGCCCUUGUCGCUGUGAAACAGCCAUCUGUGCCAACCCAACACUUGUGGGUCAGCUUUGAUGAGGGGAGGCAGUGGACCCAGCACAGCUUUUCCCCAGUCCCUCUGUUCGUGGACGGCGUUUUGGUGGAGGCUGGGGCUGAAAACCAGAUCAUGACCUUUUUUGGACACUUCAGCCACCGUUCUGAAUGGCAGCUCAUCAAGAUAGACUAUAAGUCCAUCUUCAGUCGGAAAUGCACGGAGGAAGACUAUCAAACCUGGCACUUGCACAACCAGGGUGAGCCAUGUGUGAUGGGACAAAAACAGAUUUACAUGAAGCGCAGACCUGGAAACUACUGCAUGUUGGGAAAGGACUACUCCAGAAUCCUCUCAGCUGAGUCCUGUAUUUGCCGAGCCCAUGAUUUUGAAUGUGAUUAUGGAUAUGAGCGCCGCAGCGAUGGGAACUGCAGGCCUGCCUUCUGGUUCAAUCCCUCCACUGUCUCCAGAAGCUGCAGCCAGGGUCAAAACUACCUCAACAGCACAGGGUACCGUAAAGUGGUGUUAAACAACUGCACCAAAGGAGUUAAGGACAUGUACACGGCUAGAAAGCAACAGUGCCCCAACAGACCUCCCAAAGGACUUCUGCUGACCACUAAAGAUGGCAAACUUACUGCCAACCUGGGCACCAACGUCACCUUCCUGGUGCAUCUGGAUGAGGGUGACUCUUUACGGACCAACAUCCAGCUGGAUUUCGGCGAUGGCACGGCCGUGUCCUACUCCAACCUGAGCUGGACCGAGGAGGGGAUCAAACACGUCUACAAAUCCGCCGGGAUAUUCCGUGUCACGGCCCUGGCAGAGAACAACAUGGGUUACGACACCACGACACUCUUCCUGCAUGUAACAUGUCCAGUGGAGCAUGUCCAACUUCUUGCUCCCUUCGUGGUCAUAAGGAACAAGGAGGUGAAUAUCACAGCAGUGGUUUUGCCAAGCCACUCUCGCACAGUCACCUACUUCUGGUGGCUAGGCAACAAUACUGAGCCAGUGAUAAGCUUGGAUGGGAGUAUCUCGCACACCUUCCCAAAUGAGGGAAUGCACACCAUCACUGUCCAAGUGGCUGCAGCCAACAGCAUACUACAGGAUACCAAGACCAUAGCUGUCAAAGAAUUCUUCAAAUCUCUACUUUUAUCUUUCUCCCCUAAUCUGGACGAGUUCAACCCCGACAUACCCGAGUGGAGACAGGAUGUGGGGAGAGUAAUUAAGAAGGCUCUGCUCCAAGUAUCUGACUUCCCAGAAGAGCAGCUUUUGGUAGCUGUGUUCCCGGGAGUUCCGACAGCUGCUGAGCUCUUCCUGUUACCUCACAAGAACCAAUCGGAGGGCAAGAAAAAGAGCGAGGAGGAAUUAGAGCAGGUGUCUGACAUAAUUGUAAGUGCGCUGAACCAAAAUUUGGUGGAGUUCGAGCUGAAGCCGGGUGUAAGGGUGAUUGUGUACAACACACAAUUAACACUGGCACCCUUGGUGGAUUCAAACCCUAGACACAGCAGCUCGGCUAUGCUGAUGCUCCUAUCAGUGGUGUUCCUGGGCCUAGCAGUGUUCCUCAUCUACAAAUUCAAGAGAAAAAUACCUUGGAUCAACAUAUACGCAGAGGUGAACCAGGAGAAAGAACAGGAGAUGAUUGGCUCAGUAGGCCAGGGCGACAGCACGCCUAAAAUUACGCUGAGUGAGUUCUCCACAUCCAAAGAACUCAUGGAGAAGGAACUGGAUACCAGGGUCAAAAGGGGAGUCGGAAAUGCCUACGAGAGCACAAGGGAGAUUCCAAACUGUACUAGCGUGUAAAGCCGGCGAGAGCAACAAUUUAUGUACAGAGCAAAAUAUUACAGUGUCGGGGGUUC